GAAGAAGGCUGCUGCAUCUUUAUACAAUCUAUCCUUUAGGCCUUUCCGAUUCAGCCGGAGAUCGAUAUUUGAGCAAUAAAGCAACAAAAGAAGCAAUCUGCAGGGAGCGAUCUAUGGCGAAUCAUUAAGCAAGUCCAUUACCGCAUUUCGAAAGGAAAAGCUUAAAACAAAACAGAGACUUGUACUACUUCUCUACAAUAUGGGCAGGAAGACACUCUCCACUCGUGUUAAGGAAAUUGGGGAAAAUCAUGUUGGCUUGACUAGAAAUGCUAAAAUGUAUAAAGUGCAUGAGCAGUUACGUCACGUAAAUGCGAAAGCUUACAAGCCUACGCUGCUUGCCAUCGGUCCUUACCACAACCAAGACAAGGUCGGCCAAGGGUUUAUGAAAGAGCAUAAAUUGCUCUAUCUACGACAAAUGCUUCAAAGAACGAAAGGAAGUGUAGAAAAAUACAUGAAGGAAUUGAGCAAAUUGGAAGUACCAGCUCGUAACUACUAUGUCGAUCAAUGCAUUCAUCGGACCCAAGAUAAAUUUGUAGAAAUGAUGAUACUUGAUGGGUGUUUCAUUAUUGAGCUGUUCCGCAAGUACAAAAGCUUCAAAGAUGAUAAUGCAACCAUCAGUACUGAUCAGCAUGAGAGGCAGGAUUCAACAUACAAAGAUGAUCCAAUCUUUCAAAUGACGUGGAUGGUUCCUAGAAUAGCUCGUGAUCUACUAUUAUUUGAAAAUCAACUUCCAUUCUUUGUUCUUGUUAAAUUGUUUGGGAUCAUGAGUAAGAGUAACGGAUCAGGAAAUUCAGGAGAAUGCAUUGUCAGUAUGGAGGAUAAAGAUGGAGCUAGGGUUAAUCCGAUGAUCCUAGAACAAAUUAGUAAUCUUGCCCUUGUUUUUUUCUUUGACUUUUUACCAUUUGACUUUUCGAGUUAUAAUUCAACCGAAAAGAUGAAAGAUCUACUUUCUAGGAUGCAGAAAGCAAAGUUUGAGCAUCUCCUUGGUCUCAUAAAUGCAACUAUUAGUAUUUCAAUACUUGAUGGAGUUGAAUUAAACCAUCAUGCUCUUACAGAGAAAGAAGACAGGGCAACGAUACCUGUUGCCGUUGAACUUGAAGCGGCUGGAAGUGAACUCAACAAGGCAAAUAAUCUUAAGGAAAUAUAUGAUCGAAAUACGAAUGAUAGAGUCGAAACAGGGUUGCAAAUUGAUGGAGUCGAAUUGAAUGCGAUACAGAACGAUAUUGAAAACUGGAAGUCAAUACCUAACGGCGAAGAGCUUCGUAAGGCUGGAGUCGAGUUCGACACGACAAAGAAAUUUAAGCUUCUAUAUGCUCACAAAGAGAAUGAUGACUGGAAAAAAAUACCUUUUGCCGAUGAACUUCAAGAGGUUGGAAUUGAACUCAACAAGGCAAAGAAAUUUAAGGAAAUAUAUGAUCGAAAUAGGAAUGUGUUACAUAAAUUUAAGCGUCUACUUUGUCUGAACAAGAUUAGAAACUGGAAGUCAAUACCUUUUGGCAAAGAGCUUUGUGAGGCUGGAGUCGAAUUCAACAAGGCAAAGAUUGAUGACAGGAACAUACAUAGUGCCACAGAGCUUGAAGAGGCUGGAAUCAACUUUAAGAAGGCAGAGAAAUCUAACCCGUUUGCCAUAAAGUUCAACAAUGGGAUAAUGGAGAUUUCACCUUUGAGCAUAGAAGAUGAUACAGAGACUUGCUUACGAAACCUCAUUGCAUAUGAGCAAUACCGUGAUAUCGGAAAAAAAGAUUACAAUUGCGUUACUGACUAUGUGUGCUUCUUGGACAAUCUCAUUAACUCUCCAAAAGAUGUCGAAUUACUCCGUCGAAAAGAAAUUAUCCAAAAUAGUUUAGGUGAUGAUGAAACUACUUCCAUCAUGGUUAACAAGCUUGGCCUCUAUAUCGCUUUUUCAGCCAGCAAUUCCAUUUAUGCUGACAUUUCCGUGGCUCUGAACAUGCAUUGCAGAAAACGCAGGUAUAGAUGGAAGGCAACGUUGAUGCGAGAUUAUUUCAACACUCCUUGGGCAUUCUUUUCAUUUCUGGCGGCUGCCGUAUUGCUUGUACUUGCAUUUGUACAAACUUUAUUUUCCAUUCUGUCCUUUUUCAUUACUCCUUAGGUUCUUCGUGCAGUGUGUUAAUCUUGAUGUGCGCUCUCUUAGCUAAUCUUGACUUAUGUGGCUGAUCCGCACCAUAUCGUUUGUCGAGCUAUAUAUAUAUAUAUAUUGAAAUUGUAGUCACUCUCGUUAGACCAAAAAGUCUUGUACGUUAUAUAUACAGCUUGCAUGCA